GCUCUAUGUGCUUUUUAAACGGUUUAAAGUUGAAGAGUAGUUUGGGAAGCAGUUGUGACUCCAGUAGUGCGCAAUGCUCUCUCAUGCCGACCUCUUGGAUACUCGCCUCGGUGAGUUAUCGCCACCAAACUCCGGUCUUCAACUCCACUGGAUGAAAGAUGCUGCAGCCGAGCUUCUCGGACACAGAGACGCUUUUAAGUGCAGACUUGGAGGGGCUGACACUAGUCACCCCGGUGACCUAACUUCUGCUACAGAAACUAUGGAGGGGACCACUCUGAUCCCCGGGGAAGACAUAAGUAAUGGUGGAUCCAAUCCUAAUGGAAUGCAGCAGGUCAACGCCAAAGAGCAAGAAAAGCAGCAACAGCAAAACUCUAAUCAGCCGGGCGGGCAAAACCAACAGAAACAGAAACGCCACAGGACCCGGUUUACUCCGGCGCAGUUGAACGAACUAGAAAGGAGCUUUGCUAAAACGCACUACCCUGAUAUCUUCAUGAGAGAGGAACUUGCAUUACGGAUUGGUUUAACGGAGUCAAGAGUUCAGGUGUGGUUUCAGAAUCGACGUGCAAAAUGGAAGAAGCGCAAGAAGACCACCAACGUUUUCCGGGCGCCGGGCACUUUACUGCCAACGCACGGUUUGCCUCAGUUUCCGUCUGCGGCUGCUAUGAGUGAUGGUCUCUGCUCUUUUCAUGCCAACGACACUCGCUGGGCCGCGGCUGGGAUGCAUGGAGUCUCCCAGCUGCAAAUACCGCCCUCACUGGGGCGACAGCAGGCGAUGGCCCAGUCCCUGUCCCAGUGCAGUCUCGGAGCUGGUCCCCCUCCAAACUCCAUGGGCCUUUCCAGCAGCUUGUCAUCAAAUGGUUCCGGUCUUCAAUCGCAUCUGUAUCAACCCACAUUUCCUGGGAUGGUGCCCGCUUCCCUCUCGGGCCCAACGAAUGUGACCGGCUCACCUCAGCUGUGUAGCUCCCCGGACAGUGACAUGUGGAGAGGGACUAGUAUUGCAUCCCUACGCCGUAAAGCACUUGAGCACACCGUUUCAAUGAGUUUCACCUAAUUUGAGCACACGAGAUAUAUCCUGAAGAACAGUCACGGAACCCUCAGGAUAUGAGGUUAUAACUGUGAAAUUACAAUUGGCAGCCUUGCUGGAUGAUGGAACCUCGACAUAAUCCAGACAUUGCUAAUAAACAGCUGAUGUAAACUAUAGUGGUCGUUUUAAUGCUUGAAAUGUUUGUUAUUUAUUUAUGUGUUGGAUUUGGUCAAGUUACAUUAUUUAUUUAGUUUUUAUAGCAAUUUAUUUGAUUAAAAUUAGGAGUUGUAUGAUUAUUUAUUAAUGAGUAUUUAUUUUAAAUGAUUAUGCCUUUUCAUUUAUAAAGUGUAUUUAUUUCACUGAUCAAUGACAUUAUUUUGAGCAUAUUAAAUGUUAAAUGACAUGGUUCUGAGGACCACAUGUGCGCACGACAGACUGGUUUAAGGUAUAGGCUACAUGUUGAGUUCUCCAAUUUUAAAGGCUACAGAAAAUAACACCUUGGAUUAUGAACCAAUUUCCAAAUAAUAUGAUUCAGCUGCAUGUAAUAUUGGAACCAGGAUCAACAAGAAGUUGUUUACAUCAAAAUGAACAUGAGUGUUUGUGUAGAUAAGAAAAAACUUGUUACCUGCUGGUCUGUUUGUGAUAUGUUUUAACUUACUGUCUGUACUUAUUACUGAAACAUGUUUUUCAUAAAUGUUUAUCUUACCAAAUUCAACAGAAUUAGGAAGGUUUAUAUCAAUGAUUGUA